AUGAGCUCCGCCGAGCAAGCCCAACAGCAACAGCAGAAUGCGGCCGCCACCCGAAACCUCCUCGCCCGAGCACACUCGCCCGACAGUGCGAAUCGCAUCUACGGCGACAAGAUCCAGCAUCGCACGCUUCAUCUGAAACCUUCCUCGCCGCCGCCCGCCGUCGUCAACGCGCGCACCGCUCGAAGGAAAGCGCGCGAGCUUGUCAAGGAAAAAGCCAAGGCGAGGCCUAAGCCGCUGUCGUCGCGUGAGCGUCGCCAGCUUGGCCUCCACGAGAUUCCCAAGGCAGGGCAAAAGUACGACAUGUACGAGCCUCUCGGCGAGCUCUGGCGAGGAUAUGCACGCGAGAUUCUGGGCAACGACAUCUACGGCGGCGGCCCGGCUGCUGGAGCAAAGUUGGCGAGCGCCGAGCUUCACGGGGCCCCGGCCGAAGUCGUUCGAAGCCGCUGUCCCGGUCGGGUGGGCAUCAAGGGCAUCAUUGUCCGCGACCGGAAAUUCGUCUUGGAAAUCAUCACCAAGGAGAGGGGUCUGAAGGUUGUGCCGAAGGAGGGCACGACGUUUCGCAUCGAGGUGCCUCGCGAGGAUGCAUCGGCCCAGAGCCAGAGCAGCGACGGCCAUCCAUUCACGUUUGACCUUCUCGGCGACCAGUUGAUGCUUCGGCCCGCAGACCGGGCGACCAGAAAAUUCAAAACGCACUUUCUCAAGACUCUCUAA